UCGUAGUCCUUCCUGUCUCGCGGGCGUCACCAGCUGGGGCGGCCCGAGCCAUUCUCCCAGUUCGCGGGAUGCCGCCGGCGCCCGUGUUUUGCGGGAGUUGCGGGACUCAGCGCGCUGCACUGCGACGCCCCAAGACCGGCCAAGCGCUGUGCCGAAGCUGCUUCGCGGCCGCCUUCGAGGCGGAGGUGCACGACACCAUCGUGACGGCGCGGCUUUUCCAGCCGGGCGAGACAGUGGCCAUCGGGGCGUCGGGCGGAAAGGAUUCCACGGUGCUGGCGCACGUGCUGCGCCUGCUGAACGAGCGCCACAGCUACGGUCUGCGCCUGUUGCUGCUCUCCGUGGACGAGGGCAUCGCGGGCUACCGGGACGACUCGCUAGCCGCCGUCCAGCGCAACCGGGGCCGCCUGGGCCUGCCCCUGCACGUGGUCUCCUACCGGGAGCUCUACGGCUGGAGCAUGGACCGCAUCGUCCAGCACACCGGCUCCAGGAACAAUUGCACCUUCUGCGGCGUCUUCCGGAGGCAGGCGCUGGACCGGGGCGCCGUCUUGUUAGGGGCAGACAAGAUCGCCACAGGCCAUAAUGCGGAUGACGUGGCUGAGACAAUCUUGAUGAAUUUCCUGCGGGGUGACGUUGGCCGGCUUCAGCGCUGUGCCGAAAUCCUGACGGGUGGCGAGGGAACCCUGCCUCGCUGCAAGCCACUGAAGCACGCUUGCGAAAAAGAGAUCGUGCUUUAUGCCUACUUCCAAGGCUUAGACUACUUCAGCACCGAGUGCGUGUACGCCCCCAAUGCCUACCGGGGCCAUGUCCGUGCCCUGCUAAAAGACCUGGAAGCUAUCCGACCCAGCUCAGUGGCUGACCUGGUGCACUCGGGGGAGCGUCUGGCUGUCCGCAAGGACAUUCGCUUGCCCAUCCAGGGCACCUGCCGGCGGUGCGGCUACUUCUCCAGCCAGCCCCUUUGCAAAGCUUGUGUACUGCUGGAGGGGCUCAACCGUGGACUCCCUAAGCUGGCCAUUGGCAAAACCAACCGCCUGCAGAAGGCUUUGUUGGAGGGGGAAAAGCCAGAGGCUGGUUUAGAAAUGGAGGAGAACUCAAGGAAAGCAAAUCGAAUUGGAAGGACAAUAGACUUCUGAAUGCCCCUUUUUUAUGCCUACAUUUCCUGGUCAGGUUUGCUGAGGUGGGAUGGGAUUUAAAAAAAAAAAGAUUCUUAAGAAUGAAUUGCAUAGAUCAGGCAGUUGGGAAGCAACUCACCCCCAUCCCAGUUGCUGGACCACAAGUCCCAGCAGCAUGGGCAAGGGUGAUGGUUCUUUGGCAGUAAUAUUGCAAAAAUCAUUGGAUUCCCAGCUGUGGUGCUGGUUACUAUCAGUGUGUUUGCACUAUAAGGGCAGGAACCACAUUCUGUGCCGUUCUUGCCUCUUUGGUGUGUUGGGCUUCAGGCCCCUUCCUCCUCAUUCAGCCUUUGCUACUGUUGGCUGGGAGUUGUGGAGACGGCCCGCACAUUUGGAGGGAGGAGGUUGUGAUAGAGGUUGCUUUCUGUGCAUUGCUGCUGUUCCCAAAAUGGUGGUUGCAGCCACAAGGUUAAGGGUGGCCUCUAGUUGCAGAAGAAUGAGACCAUCCUUCACAGAAAGGAGCUCAAGGUUGGGGCGGCAGAUGACCAUUGUUGCCUUGCCUUUUUAUUCUUCCUAUCUUCACAGAUCAGCUCUCCAGGUGGUUCAACUUUCUGAGUGAUCUAGAAAGUCAACAGUAACCAGGCUCAUCAGUUGAGUUAAACCAGGGGUUCCCAACCGGAGGUGUGUGAGACGAUAUUCCAAGGGGUGCAAAAACUUGGAUUUUCAAAAUUAUAGUGUAUAUGCAUAAUUCAUUGCCGUUAUUUCAAACUUUUGUAAGGGAUGCAAGAAUAUGUCAGAAGUGUUCUAGGGGUGUGGGGUAUAGAAAAGGUUGGGAGCCGCUGAGCUAAACUAAAACCAUAGUUGUUGGCUCAGCUAUGAUUUGUUGAGCAAAUCUCUGAGGAAAGUGGGCGACUUAGAAAUAUGAAAUAAAUAAACCAUGACAAAUAAUAGAACUUUAUUUUGGUCCUUGAUUAUUAUAAAAAUGCAAUCAAUAAAAUGAACAACACAACAAAAACCCAUUGAGUCCUCUGCACCUUCAGCAUUUGAGUCCCCCCAGAGGGUAACUUGAAAGUGAAAUUUGAAAGGUAGCUCAUAAUUCUUUAUGUCUAGUUUUUUUUUGUAGAAUAAUUUCCACCAGGGAUAGAUGAUUCAUGUAGGAGUCACCAUCCUUCUGAGGUCAGUUUCAGGUCAGCCUAUUUUGUUUGAAAGAAGACAAGCAUUGUCAAGAAAUGUUUGGCUGACACUGAAAUUUAGGAUUUUGUUACAUGUAUGUUUCUACUGCUCUUUGGCAAAUGGAGUUGUCCUUAUCAAGGUUCAAACUGCUGUGUGGUCUUUAAAAUAGCAGAAUUUUUUUUGGCUUCCUUAAAAAAUUGCUUUGAAUAUAAAUUGUUCCAAAUUUGUUGCAUCUCCCUUUUCAGCCACCACGCUACUGGCUAUCUUGCACAGCUAGAAAUACCCAGCCAUCGCUUGCUCAGUGUCACAAUUCUCCCAUUUGCAAUUUUGGAUGGCAGUUGUUAAACAGUAGCCAUAUCUGACAGGCUGUGUCGCCAUGAUUGUGAAGUAGUGAAAACCACAGAAAAGGUAUUUGUUGCUCCUUUUGUAGACAUUUGAACGAGGUUUGUCCUCCUGACCAUUAGAUACCUUAAUUUCUCACCCUCAGCCUAUGCCCAGAUUCUCCUUAGAGAUGAACUACCAUUUAGUAUUACAUCCUGUUGUACUAUCAUUCUACUUGAACCUUCAGCCCCUCAUAAAGGAACUCCUAGGAAGAGACAACCAUGGGAACCUACCAUGACUAUGGUUUGAGGACAUCUGGGGAUUCCCCAAGACCAUUUGAGAAGUUUGCAAAAUCAAAAUUAUUUGCCAGAUAUUGAAGAUAUUUGGGGACAUUUAAAACAAUGUCACUUCUCAUUAUUUUUCAUUUGUUAAAAACUGUUUUUUCCCACGAACAAUAUUUUAUUUACACUAAUAUCUAGUAAAGGAGUAUCCAGCCUUGACAACUUUUAAGACUUGUGGACUCCCAGAAUUUCCCAGCCAGCAUGUUGAAGUCCACAAGUCUUAAAAUUGCCAAGAUUUAACAUCCCUGAUCUAGUGGAUUUAAUACUGUGCAUAUUUAUUUUUACAUGAUUGAAAAUUUCACAAAUUUGUUAAUUUUAAAUAUAGCAAACAUCCAUAAAUAUAACAUACGCAUACAAAAGCUCAUCCAUCAUUUUUAAAAGUGAGAAGGAAGUCUGAGGGUAAAAAAUGUAAACACUUUUAGCAGAAAAGACCACUCUCACCCAUAAUGUAGCCGUAUUUUGUCUUUCUGCUACAAGAAUGAAGCAAUAAGCAUCAUCUAAUAAAAUUGCGUUUCCCUGA